AGGUGCUGAAAUCAAAGGUGCUAAAAGCUCUAUGUGCUCACAAUGACCACCAGUAAUGCUAGUCAUACAGAGAAUUACGCCAUCAAAGAACUUCUGACCAUCCCCCUAGAGGUCGCAAACUUGAUCAGCCUACUCUGCUACGUGAUUGUGUCGCCAGUUAUAUCCGUCAUUGGUGUUUUCACAAAUCUGAUUAACAUAAGUGUGUACUACAAGCAUGGUAUGAAGGAGUCAGUCAACAUUAGCUUCAUGACCCUUGCAGUGACUGACCUUGCCGGACUUGUAUGCUGUAUAUGGUAUGGUAUUGGCAGAAGUUCAUUGUUGGUAUCAAGUGCUGACGUGUAUAUAAGUUUCAGAGAUGUGGCUUAUGUCACUGGAGCCUACCCACGGGUGCUGUUCUCCAAGAUGACCUGUCUGAUCACAGUGUACAUCGCACUUGAAAGAUGUUUCUGUGUGGUGGCACCACUUCACGUCAAGACUUUGAUAACGCCCAUGAGGACCGUUGUGACUCUGUCCUUGCUCUACGCCCUCGGUGUGAUAACAAACUUUCCUAUUUUGUAUUUAGGGGCGCUGCACCUUUCUUGGAAAAAGGACCCCACCUCUAACAAGACAUACCUUGGCAUGGUGUACAGCGCAGACUAUUUUGAUGUGAGCACCAUUGUGACGUUAAUCAAAGCCUUCAUGCUAGUGACUUCCUUCAUAGUCGUCGCCAUCUCCACUGUCAUUUUAAGUGUUAGUCUUCAGAGAAAAUCAAAAUGGCGUGACACCUCUGCCAACUUUCUAACGAAAGGAGCGCAACGUCUUUCGAAAAGGGACGCCACUCUAAGCAAAACUACAAUAAUUAUAUCCACAGCUCUUAUUACAUGUUACCUCCCUUACACAACCAACAAUGUCCUAAUGGCCACAAUUGAUGGAUUUCAGUUGUAUGGUAAAUACAACAAUUUUUAUAUAGUCAUGUGGUCGUUUUCUUGGUUUUUAGAAUCACUCAAUUCAACUGCAAGUAUUUUCAUUUACUACACAAUGAGCACAAAAUAUAAAGAAACAGUGAAACACUUUUUGGGAAUCUAUAUUCCUGGAUUUAAAACACAGCUGAACCGGCUUAAUGUCAUUCAAAGGCAUGCUUACAGAAAAGACGUUUAA